AUGGAAUUCAUGUAUAGUCAGAAUGGUAAAAAGUUAUUAAUAGUUGAUAAAUAUAAAUUUUUUUUACAUUAUACUGCAAAAAGUGGCCAAAAAACUUGGCGUUGUAUUAAUAAUAAGUGUCAAAGUAAAAUUUACACAAAUAAUACAGAGGAUGAAGUUAUUGAAAAACAUGUAGUUCUAAUUCACAAUCAUGAUAAUGAUACUACAUUGAAUCGCCAAGAAGUCAAUAAUUCACUGAAAAGGAAAGUAAGUGAAGACAAUAUUGUAGAAAAACCUUCCAAGUUUAUUUUAACUGAAAUCAAACAUUUUAAUAACGAAAAUAAUUUAAAUACAACUGAUCUCAAUUAUAUUAGACGAAAUGUGUAUAAUGCACGUAAAUCUAUUUUGCCACCUUUGCCUAAAAGUAUUGAAGAAGUUCACGAUACUUUAAAUGUAAUGGAUAUACAAACAAACCGUUCUGAACAAUUUGUUUUAUUAAAUGAUCAAGAUAGCCAUAUUAUUAUAUUUUCUUGUAUAGAAAAUUUAAAAUUUCUUUGUUCAAACGAAAAAAUUUUUUUAGACGGUACUUUCAAUUAUUGUACAAAAUAUUUUUUGCAGUUAUUCACUAUUCAUGGUUUUAAGAAUCAAAAUUAUAUACCAUUAGUCUUUGCUUUGCUUCCUGACAAAAAUAGCCAUACAUACAGUACAUUAUUUUUAAAAACUAUCGAAAUUUGCUUGGAAAAUAAUUUACGGUUUCAACCAGUUACAGUUGUGGUGGACUUUGAAAUUGCUAUUCAUAAUGCAAUUAGAAAUAUUUGGCCAACAGUGCAAAUUCAUGGUUGUAAUUUUCAUUUGUGCCAAAAUUGGUACAGAAAAAUCCAGCAAUUAGGCCUAACGAAUGAUUACAAUAAUGGUGAAUCUGAAAUUGGAAAAUUUUUAGUUCUCACAUUCGGUUUACCAUUAUUGCAAGACGCUAAGGAUAUUGAAGAUUGCUUUGUAUUUGAUUUGUUAGAAAAUAUGCCAUCUGACGAUAAAGUCCAACAAUAUUGCGACUAUUUAUCUGAAAAUUAUAUUUUUUCGUUUUCAUUAUUUCCUCCAAAAUUGUGGUCUUCGAAUGAUACUACAAAUGCAUGUGAAUCAUUUCAUUCAAGAUUUAAUAGUAGUUUUUAUCAUCAUCAUCCAAACCUCCAUUUAUUCGUGAAAGUUUUGAAAGAUAUUCAGACCGAAACAUACAUUAAAAUUAGAAGCAGUCAUACAACACAACGCAGACAGACAAAAACUAUUUCUAAAUAUCAAUUUAUACUUCAUCAAAAAGAUAAAUAUAUACGAGGAGAAAUUUCACGUUUAGAGUUUAUCUCCAAAGUAUGCCAUAAAAAUAUACGUAAAUGA